UAGUUCAAAUUUCAGUUGUUUUGCUACUGACGAAGUGUUAAGCCAUCAAUUUGAAAUUUUUGUUUAAUAAUUCACACACACACACACACAAGAAAGAAACAAAAAAACCUCAAGCAAAUCUGCCCACACAUAUAUAUUGCUACAUUUAAAUUUCGUUAUUCUGCUGAUAUCCUGUGAUACCUAGAAAAAGAUAUUGCAGUCGUGAUGGCCCCAAAAUACGUAGAUAUGAGAAGUGAUACAUUCUCAAAACCUUCCCAGGCCAUGAGAGAAGCCAUGGCCAAUGCUGAUGUAGGAGAAACGAUGGUUUUAGCUUUAGAAGCAAAAUGUGCAAAAAUUUUUGGCAAAGAAAAGGCCUUGCUUGUUCCUACAGGGACCAUGGGAAAUUUAUUAAGCGUUAUGGCCCACUGUCAGGAGAGAGGACUGGAGGUUAUAAUGGGGGAUAAGUCCCAUAUAUAUUUAUUUGAACAAGGCCAUGUUGCUCAGAAUGAUACAUUAAGAAGCUUUUUUAUGAGUACUACCGGAUUACAUGGCAUUGUGAUGAAUCUUUUUUCAAAGUUGGCUGGAAUAUUUCCAAGAAGCGUCCCCACUCUAAAAGAUGGAACUCACGAUUUAACCACAUUAGCCGAGACAAUAUCAUCAGGUGGAAUUGGUGACUGUAGAACAAAAGUUAUCUGUCUAGAAAACACUCAUAAUAGAUGCGGAGGGAAAAUUUUACCUUUGGACUAUUUACAAGAGUUGUACAAUCUAGCCCAAGAAAAUGAUAUAAAGGUUCACGUGGAUGGUGCACGUAUUUUGAAUGCUUCCGUUGGACUUGGUGUUCCUGUUUCGGAUAUAACAAAAUUCUGUGAUUCUCUCACUUGUUGUCUCAAUAAGGGAAUUGGUGCUCCAUUUGGGUCUAUAGUAGCUGGCACUGAAUCUUUCAUCAAAAGAGUCGAACGAUCUCGUAAAGCCCUCGGGGGUGAAAUGUCUCAACUGGGUAUGGAAGCUGCCGCAGCCUUAUAUGGUUUAGACAGAUUUGAAGAAAGCAUUCAGAAGGACCAUUUUCUAGCAAAGAAACUGGUCAAUGGUCUGAAAAAUCUUUCUUCUUCAGUGGUGACAAUAGAGCCAGAGGAAGACCAAACUAAUCUCGUUCUUAUUAAAAUCGAUAAAGAAAUGUCUUUUAUCACUAACUUAAAGAAACGUUUAAUGACGACCACAGAAGCUGAAGUGAAGGAAUUGGGUAAGGAAAUCCAUGUGGGUUGUAAACUUUUAGGUAAAGAUAUUCGGUUUGCAAUUUGCUGUAAUAUAAACGAAGAAGACAUAGAUGAUGCCAUCAAGAAAGUCUGUUAUGUUUUUAAUGAAAUUCAUUUCUGAAAGAAUUAAAGUGUAGUUACAUUUUAUAGCUAUAUAUAUAUAUAUAUAUAUAUUGGAAGGUUUGGAGGUGAUGUACAGGAAUUAUAUAUUAGAAAAAGUAAUAAGGUGCUCAGAUAUCUGGAUGGUUGUACAUUUACAGAUUUUUAUUAAUAUGUCACAUGUUUUAUAAAUAUUAACAUUUGCACCUAUUCUUGUAGGCUUUUUCAAAUAUUUGAAAAACCUACAAGAAUAUAUAUAUUUAUAUGUAUGUAUGUGUGUGUGUAUCAGGAAAAAAAUGGCACGAUCAGGCUCUUCGAUCACAUGAUCACAAUAGUACCAACUAUAAGCACACAUGUGCAGAAGGCAGUGUGACAAUAAUAAAGAUAUGUUAUUCUGAAAGUGUAGAUAAUUUUUGACUUCCCCUUGUAUAUAUAUAGUUUACAUUUCCAUUAAGGUAAGAUCAACAAAAAACGUACUCCAUCUGGUGACAGAUAAACAUUGUUUAAAGUACACAGUAAAUAGUUAUGAGUCACUAAUACUUUCAUACAUUGAAGAUAACCUGCCUAGACAAUAACUUCAAUGUAUGAAACUACUAAAGUAAAGAUACCAUUUCAGUUCACGCUGAUUCAUGAGGGCUGGUUUCCUGGUUUUCAGGGCAUAUAAAUUCCCCACCUGCAUGGGGCACCUGUCCAUCUCAGGCUUAAUCAUUUGUGCCAACUGAGUGGACUAGAGUAACGUGAAAUGAAGUGUUUUGCUCAAGAACACAACACAUUGCCUGGUUCAGGAAACAAACCCCAAAUCUUAUGAUCAUGACUCCAUCACCCUAACCACUAAGCUACAUACCUCCACUAGGAAGCUAUUUCUUGCUCAUAAUUAUAAACUGUGUACAUUAAACAGUAUAUAUACAGGGUGGCCCAAAAGUAGGUUUACAGUUAUUCAACUAUCUCUUUUCAUAUAUUAACAGUUUAGAUCUUAAUUAUAAAAAAAAAAUAUGAAACAAUUAUUCAAUGCUGAUUUAGUUAAUUUUGUCAAGCUCCCUUUUCAGUUUGUAAGAUAGAAAUUUAAAUGUAAUAAAAUGUUUUAAAAGAAACUUACAAUGCCUACGCGAUAACUGUAGACCUACUUUUGGGCCACCCUGUAUAUAUACACAUUUUUUUUAUAGUUAUCAGUUUAUCAGCACUGUGCCCUUGGUACACUUUAUCUUCUUGUUUUAAUUGAACAAAUUGGUUUUAUCAAGAAUAAUAAACUACAUUUGAAUAA